CGGCGUUAGUUUUAAUUUGUCUGCUAUGCGGACUUACACGUUGUUAUGUGUGGAGUAUAUUCUGACUAUUUGGAAACCACGGGUGUACUCGGAAUCUUACUGACUGAGGAAGAUGUUCGAGAGAGAGUCAACCUGAGGCGCCAAAAUCUCGGUGAUCAUCCAGCUUUUGGGGCUGAUAUCCGAUCGUUAUCUCUUCCUGGAGUGUAUGAAAAGAUCACUCAUUUAGGAAACUCCUUGAAAAAAUUUGUUUAUCUGAAAUCUCUUGACCUCUCACGCAAUGCACUGACUACACUGGAGGGCCUUAAACAUCUCAUAUAUUUAGAAAAGCUCAAUCUCUACUUCAAUCACAUCUCCUCUUUAUCAGAAGUGCUACGACUCCACAAUUUAACUGCACUUCAAGUUGUGGAUUUCCGACUGAAUCCUGUUGUUAAAAAUGAAUCAGAUUAUCGCCUUUUUGUUGUACAUAUGCUUCCUAAUCUCAGACAUUUAGAUGAUUGUCCUGUAACAGAAUGUGACCGAAAAGCAUCUCUUUUGCAUUUUACCUCAGAUCAAGCCUAUACAUUCAAGAAAUCUGCAGUUUUAGCCAAAAGAAUUAAACCUAGCAGGUUUAUUCAUCCAAGAGUUGAAUAUAUUAAUUCUAUGUCAAAAAGGUAUCUGGCAGUGGAUGAAGAUGAUGAAACAGCCUUACGUCUUUUAGCAAAAUGUGAAUGGGAUUUAAGAAAACAUGCAGAAACAAGUGUAUCAUCUAAAAAGGAUCCUGAAGUAGAGCUUCACAGUUUAAAAAGUAUUUAUGAAAUGAAAGAGAAUUCUAAGAAGUGGAAAUCAGAAUUCUCCCUUCCCCAAUUUUUCCUAUUACAAAAGAAAUCUUUAUUUCAGAACACCCUGUCAGAAGACAGAAAUACACUGAAAGGAACAACAACUGAUAAAGAAUUAGUUUUUAAUAUUGGUUGGAACACCCUGUCAGAAGACAGAAAUACACUGAAAGGAACAACAACUGAUAAAGGAGUGAAUGAAUCAUUACUCAUUUCACGGAAAAUGGUUGGACCGGUUCAAAAAGCAUCUAGAUUAAAAGAACAGAGAUUUAAUGGCAAAGAUGCUCUACCUCAAGGAACAACCCAUCUGAUGAAUACAAAUUUAUAUGAAGCAACACCCAUGCAAUGUUUACUUGACUUGGUUGACAAAUACUGGAAUGGUUCCAAAUCACUCCAUUGCAAUGAGACUUUUUUAGCUCAAGCGGAAAUGGUUUUGUCUGCAGUUCAGAAAUCUCUGCCAGCAGGUCAACAGAAAUAUUCUACAGAGAAUCAAGAGCUGAAUAAACUUCUCUUAGAGAAAGAAGCCUUACAACAGUGUCUAUCUCAACAAGAGAAACAAUAUAGCAUCAGGAUUAAAAAUCUAAAGUCAGAGUUGAGCAAAAAUAAGAAAGAUAUGGAUGUACUGAAGCAAUAUUUAAAUAAGUUACUGAAAGAAAAAGAAGGCUUAAAAGUUCAUAAAUUCAAAGUGGAAGAAAGCAUUCAGAUUUCAGAUAUUGCUGAUACAUCAUCUUUACAGAUUACUGAUUUUGAAGACGACCAUCAACUUUUAAUUGAUGAAAAUGCUAGUAUGAAGAAAAAUCUCCAAAAUUUUAACAAGAUGCGAGAAAUGACAGAAAUGUUACAGGAAAGCCAUAGAACAUUGAUUUCUACCAAUGAGCAUCUCUUAAAACAAUUAAAUGAAAUGCAUCUAAAACAUAAAGCUGAGGUGGAGCAGCUACAUUGCAACUACAAUCAGUUAAAGAAAACAAUGGAUACUCUAUCUCCUAAGUCAUAAACAAUGAGAAUUAAUAAUAAUAAAAGAAAUUUUGUGUAAAGAAUGUCUAAAUGAUAAAUAUCGUUGCGAUUAGUGACAUGAAAAAGACUUUAAUUGUGAAGGAUAUGUUCAUUAUGUUAUUAUUAAAUGCAUGAACUAUAUAGAACAAUAAGGAAACAAGGGGAUUGUCUAAAGAUAAGAAAUGAAUGUAGAAGCCACUCAACAACUGGGGGGGGGGGGAAAGAUGAACAUGAUAUUCAGGAAAUAGAUGAGAAAUUAGAAGAAGCAGUGGAAGGGAAAAAUCAAAACAAGAUGCAAGAAGAGAAAGAUAAUGAAGAGAAAGGAUUAAUAAGUAGGAAUCAAUCAGAUAAUUCCUUAAAAGUUUAAAAUAGGACAGAGGGGGAAAAAAAUAUCUCUUAAAAAAAAGUUUAUAGAAAAAAAAAUUCUUUAAAAGAAAGAAAGUCUUAUUGAUGGGUGUUCAAAUAGUACAGCAGAGAGAGACAAAGGGCAAUCAGAAGCACUGUUCCCUCUAAACUGCGCGCGUGCGCAAAUGCGCACUGCUGACACGGUCUCCGCACACAGAAAAUCUGUGCUGCGCACAAGAAAAAAAAUCUAACCUGAAUUGAAAAUAAAAUAAACGCAUAUAAUUCAUUCUGUGCUAUUUUUCAAUGUGAGUCAGUGAGUGACCGGUGACUAGCUGUUCCAGUCAAUUAUGCGAUUCACAUACGUAUUUACGCAGCUAAUCAACGUCAUUGACAGGCGUCCAUUUGUGGCUACCAGUGUUUUAGCUAGCCGAUGUGGCCAAUGUGGAGUGAAGACUCGCUAAUAAUGCUAAGUGCUGUUUAUGCUAACCCCUUGUAAUAAUGGCAAAACGAACGGGCAGUGGCACAUCCCCUCACCAAGCCAAAGUAAAAAAGAAAUGCGAUUCUUUUAAGAUGGAAUGGCUGUCGGAGUAUGUGCAAACGGAAGAAAAAACUGUGAAACUGGGUGAGAUUUUUUCUUUUUCGAGCGAGAAAGGUCUGCUCUGCAAAACAUGUUGCGAAGCCAAAAUAGCAAGCGAGUUUUCGGAGGGGAAAAUGUGGACAGAAUGGAAGCUGGACUACCUCAAGCGUCACAUUCAGCACAAAAGUCAUUUGAAAGCGGU